UAUGGUGGUGACGGUGAACCGUAAUGACUUGUACCAGACAAUGCUGGGCUUCGGCGGAGCCUUCACCGACUCCACAGGUUUCAACGUUGUCAGCCUUCCCAGCGAGGCCCAAGAAUACUUCCUCAGAUCCUACUUUGCUGAAGAAGGUAACGCAUAUUCCAUCGGUCGCAUCCCUAUCGCUGGUGCUGACUGCUCCACCAGGACCUACUCCUACGAUGAUGUGGAGGGAGAUGUCGACCUUGUACACUGGAACCUGACUUAUGAGGAUUACGAUUAUAAGAUCCCACUGAUCCUGCGAGCCAUAGAAUUGGCUCCUAGGCCGGUGAAGUUGUUUGGCUCACCCUGGGCACCUCCUGCCUGGAUGAAGACUAAUGGAGAGUUCAAUGGAGCUGGAAUACUCAUAAAUGAAAUGUGGCAGCCCUAUGCUAACUACCUUGUUAAAUUCGUGGAGGCAUAUGAAGCAGAAGGAGUUGGUCUGUGGUGACUCACACCACAGAAUGAAUCCCUCGGUGGCCUCAAUAAUUGGCCCAUAAACUGUUGUGGAUGGACGGCCGAGGAAAUGCGUGACUGGUUGAAAGGUAAUCUUGGACCCACACUGGAGGCAAACGGGUAUCGUCGUCUUAAGAUGAUGAUAGUUGACUUCAACAGAGACUCUCUGCCCUGGUUCGCCGAGACAUUACUGGAUGACCCUGAGUGUGCUCAGUACGUUGACGGUACAGCCGUCCACUGGUACUCGGACUCGAAAGUCAGCGCUACUGUUCUGGACGAGACCCACGAACUUUCUCCAGAAAGGUUCAUUCUCUACACUGAGGCCUGUUUUAACUACGACUUUACACAAAUUGGAUCAUGGCAGCGAGGAGAGGAGUGUGCACAUCACGUUUCUGAAGCUGUAAACCACUACUCGGCUGGCUGGGUGGACUGGAACAGGGCUCUGAACUUGUUUGGUGGACCCAAUUGGGCUUUCAACAUGCUUGAUGCCCCUGUCAUCAUUAAUGUUGCUGUAAACCACUACUCGGCUGGCUGGGUGGACUGGAACAGGGCUCUGAACUUGUUUGGUGGACCCAAUUGGGCUUUCAACAUGCUUGAUGCCCCUGUCAUCAUUAAUGUUGAUGAGGGAGAGUUCUACAAGCAACCAAUGUUCUACGUUAUGGGUCACUUCAGUAAAUUCGUGGUGGAUGGUGCUGAGCGAGUGUCCUCCUCCGCCACCAGCGACACACUUGAAACUGCUGCCUUCAUUGACCCCGCAGGCAGCACUGUUGUCCUUCUUCUCAACAACUUAUCCAGUAUUCGAAGCUAUAAAAACAGUUUAACUGAUAUUUGGGUUUCAGAGGUGGGGAGCGAAGUGGACGUCUCUGUGACUGAUGGUGCUGACACUUUCCUUAACUAUAAGAUGCCUGCCAAGUCCAUCCAGACCAUCUUACAUUAA